AUGGUUAAGGAUACACUUGUUCUCCCGGAGCCCUUUGCUUCCAUCCCUCGAACUUCUCUUCUUCUCGGCCCCUCGCCCAUACAUCGUCUUGACCGGAUCAGUGCUGAUCUCGCCAAAGACAGCUCCCAUCCUGUAGUGAGUAUCUGGGCCAAGCGCGAUGACUUGAACUCUGCGUACGCAUAUGGAGGCAACAAGACCCGCAAGUUGGAAUACUUGCUUGCUGAUGCGCAGGCUCAAGGCUGUGAUACUCUCGUGUCCAUCGGUGGUGUGCAAAGCAACCAUACGCGUCAAGUAGCAGCUGUUGCGGCACGAAUGGGUCUCAAGGCUCGUCUUGUUCAGGAACAUUGGGUUGAUUGGGAAAGCCCUUCCUACGAAACUGUUGGAAAUAUUCAGUUGUCACGCUUGAUGGGAGCUGACGUGCGAUUGGAUCCUUCUACCUUUGGUAUUGAGCACAAGACUACCGCUCAGGCUGUGGUGGAGGAGUCCAAGGCUAAAGGGGAAAAGCCAUACUAUAUUCCUGCUGGUGCUUCAGAUCACCCAUUGGGAGGAAUGGGCUUUGCUAGAUGGGCAUUUGAAGUACGUCAGCAAGAACGGGAAGAAGGUAUUUUUUUCGACACAGUCAUUGUCUGUGCAGUGACAGGCUCCACUUUCGCCGGAAUGAUCGCCGGAUUCAAACUCCUGGAGCGGCUGUACCCUGAAGAGCCCAAGCGCCGGAUCAUAGGUAUCGACGCUUCAGCCAAGGUUGAGGCUACUCGAGCGCAGGUUUUGCGUAUCGCACGCAGCACAGCUGCUAGCAUUGGUCUGAAGGAGGAUGAUAUCACCGAUGCAGACGUAGAACUGGAUGAUCGGUACCACGCAGGUACAUACGGCAUUCCUGACCAACUGACUUGGGACGCCAUCAAUUACGCUGCUAAGCUUGAGGCUUUCAUUACCGAUCCAGUAUAUGAAGGAAAGAGCUUUGCUGGAAUGAUAGAUAUGAUUCGACGUGGGGAGAUUAAGGGCGGAAAUGUAUUGUAUGCGCACUUGGGAGGGCAGUUGGCUUUGAACGCAUAUGAACUUGGUCGUACCGAGUAA